AUGGCGUCAAAACGGAAGAAACUGACAUCAAGUAACUGCCCAAGUCUGUUUUCUGCUGAAGACAAUGCGGAUGAAAGCCACCACGACCCAUACAGUGACGCAGAUGGCGAGUUCGGUUCUGAUACAAAUUAUGACCCAGAUGGUGCUCAAGAAGGCGAAACUAGUGGAUCAGAUUAUGAGAUUUUCAGUACGAGAAACGUUAGGCUUAUGCGUUCCAGUAGGAUUAGUGAAAGCCCACUUUGGUCCAGCGAUUCGAGAUCAAGUAUGGAUGAUUCUGUAUUGAACCAGGAAGUCGAUGAAAUCUUCUUGCAAUGA